AUGUCGAUGAUGGUGCCCGGCUCCCAAAUCCAUCACCAUGAUGACGACUCCUCCAAAAAGACACCGGGGGUAUUGGAAACCUUCCGCAACAGCAUCCGGCUGGCAGCCGAGAAAAGUCCUCUCACGCCAGGGUCCAGGGGGUCCAAGAACCAGUCGCCCCCCACGCCAGUCCGAGCGCCGCAUUCUCCUGGCGUCACGUCGCCGCUGAGGAGCGUGGCGGCGCUCUUCCAGACCAAAGAGGAUGACGACGACCAGCUGCAGAAAAGCAAAGCCGUGAUGCCUUCAAGGACAGAACCGAGCAUGGCCCGACUGGAUUCUCUCCUGAAGAAGGGCGCGUCCAUCCGUCGCAGCCUGAGAUUCAGCUCCAAGAAGGACAAGCGACAGGACGCCUUCCUCGCCGUCCAGGAGGAGGCCGUGGCCAAGGAAGAAAGUGAGGAAGAGGAAGCAUGCGAGGAGAUGAAGGAGACAUACACGCUGCCGGAACUGCCGGCCGUUCCUCUCUCGGUAAUGCAGAUCAGCAAGCUAAUCGAAAUGGAGGUCCUGGAGGAGGCGCACCUCCACCUGCUGGCUCUGCGGGCAGAGUUUCAGCAGGAGCGUCUUGGCCUGGAGGACUCUCCUAUCGACCUAGCCAAGAAGGAGAAGGACCUGAGCCUUCUGUACGCCGACCUCCGCCUGAAGCUGGCCUCCAUUGUCCGCACAUCCGUCUCGCUCCCCGCCAGGAACAAGGGGCUCUUGGUCCACGUGGCCCGCAUCAUUCAGGAGGAGGACAAGCGAGCCCAGGAACCCGGCGGUCUGCAGGGGAGCUGGAUGGACCUCUGGAGGGAGGCGGUGGAGCAGGGCGCCCGGGACAAGGUGGAGAUCGUCCACCUGGAACCGACCAACCACAGCAACGCCUCGUGGCUGGCGGUCCACCUGGGCCUUUUGGGCAAGGUGCUGCUGGAGGAUCUGGAGAAUGUCAAGUGCGAGCUGCGCUGGUCCUACCCGCCCAGCUUCCAGGUCUUCGCCACCUACGUGCGCGCCUACCACACCGCCGUCAAGCGGCACCUCGGCACGUUGGAGGGCCGCGCCGUGGAGCUCAAGGACCUCUACGCCCUGUUGGACUGGAUUGUGCACCGCUACCACAGUCGGACAAUGAUGGGAAGUCCCGCCCUGGAGCCCGAGAUGAGCCUCGCUGAUGUCGACCUGCGCCCAGAUGGCGACUUGCUGCUGACGCUCAGAGACAAGUUCUGCCGCACUGUCCAGGAGGACCUGAGAGCAACUCUGGACCGCUUGGUGGAGCUGGAGAACGAGGAGAUGUGGAGCACCGGAAAGCAUCCCGACAUAGACGACGACGGCUUGCUCUCGUCCAUCUUCCACAUGGACAUCUGCACGAAAGUACGAGGAAACGUUGUGAAUGCGGGACGCGUGGACGCCGAGCUGGAAGGAGACGUGAUCGCUUCCUGUCUGGCAGAGCUGAAGGAUUUCCCCAAGAGGUUCCACGGCGAGUUUUGCCGGCGCUGCUUGUCGCUGCCGCUGUGGAGCGAAUACCAAGUUGUCUACAUCAACGGCUUCCAGGCCUUACAGUGCCACAUGGAGGAAUGCUACGCGGGCUCCAACCCAAAUGGGGUGGCGGCCAUGGGCGAGGAGGUCACGUGGCUCCUGCAAGCCCUCCAGGACGGCCUCCAGCAGCGUUUCAAGGAGGACGUCAAGCCGUACCUGCGCAGGAUGAUGACGAGGAAGUGGCUGACCAACGACGACGACUUUGACGCCCUGCACGGCCAGGCUGAAAUUCUGGCGCGCCACUGCGAGGCCCUGCGUCCGCCGCACCGCCAGGUAGCCGUCCCAGAGCACCUGACGGCAACCCAUGUUACCUUUGGGUCUUUGCGGCAGGAAGUGGCGAGCACGGUGCACUUACACAUGCUGAAGGAGUAUGUGGGCCAGCUGAUGAAGAACAACUACUCGUGCAAGAAUCGCAAGCACGGCAAGGCGGCUGGCAAGAUGCGAGCGCAGUGCCGCCGGAUCGCUGACGUCUUCCGCCGCAUGGCAUUUUUCCAGGGCUCGCAGGAGAACUGGUUGGACCCCGUCGGGGAGCUCCUGAGUGACAUCGUGGGCCUGAAGAACCAAGGCGACAUCAAAGACCACUUGCAGCCUCUACUGAACCAGUACCCGGACUUCAGCUCCAGGCACCUGACGGCCGUGUUGGCGUUCCGCGGCGUGCUGCGUGGCCGCGAGCAUCAGCGCAUCAUGUGCAGGUUCAACCAGCUGAGGAAGAACGCCAUAGCCUUGACAACAGGCGACCAGGCUCGCAACCCGAACGACGGGAGCCGCUCGCUCUUCGGCAACAUGGAGGCGGCGGUUCACGUCGACUGCCUGUCCGACGUCUCCGUCUUCUGCUUCACCUUCGUCUUCCCAGGCGAAUAGCUUCCUUCUUCAUCCGGCGCAGGAAGUACGUCCUGCAUAUCUGCUGCUUUUUAGAAUUAUUUGAUACCGUCCAAAUUUUUGUUUAAAAAUAUUCUACUUCAAUUCAACUGGCAUGAAAAUAGCGCAAGGUGCAAUUUGGUGAAUUAGAUUUUUUUUGGGUGGCAGAUUUAGAGGCAGUUCCAUGCCAGAAUUAUUAACAAUUUGAAUUUUUACCACUGAUGUUGAAGUUCAAACACUAAAUUUGUUUGUCAUCCAAAUAAUGACAAACUCAGUGGCCUUGUGUUAGAGUGUCCACCCUGAGACUGGAAGGUUGUGGGUUCAAACCCCGGCCGGGUCAUACCAAAGAGUAUAAAAAUGGGACCCAUUGCCUCCCUGCUUGGCACUCAGCAUUAAGGGUUGGAAUUGGGGUGUUAGAUCACCAAAUGAUUCCCGAGCGCGGCGCCGCUGCUGUUCACUGCUCCCCUCUCCCCCAGGGGAUGGAUCAAAAUCACACGGGGAUGAGUUAAAUGCAAGGGACAAAUUUCACCGCACCCAGAUGUGUGUGUGACGAUCAUUGGGACUUUAACUUUUAAUGAAUUUGAAUGACAUUUUUUACACAUUUCCUGAUAGUAAAAAAUGUUGUGGUGUUUUUGGAAAAGGAUUAUCGUUUUUUUCCAUGUAUAAUGCGCAAAAUUUAACUAAUUUAUUGUCCUAAAAUCUGGGGUGCGCAUUAUACAUGGUUAAAUUUUUUUUUUUUUUUUUUAUCCGGAUAUCUUACUGAAGCCGCCAUUACAAAUGCGCUUUCUUCUCUGCUGUUCACUUCAAACACGCUCCAUUCGAACACAAUGCUCUCGUAUCAGACGCUUGCUCGAUCACCUGCUCGUUUGCUGUCACAAUGUACCCUACACAAAUCUGAAACAUUUCUUCGCUAUUGAGUUUGCUAGCGCAUGCGCAGUGAUACUGACCGGCAGAAUAAGAUAAGAGGAACUUUAUUAAUCUCACGUGUGAGAAACUGCAUGUAACAACAGCCCGAUUUACAGGAAGGUACAAGUAGGGGGAUAAAGGUGCAAAAAGAGACUUCUGGACCGUAGUCCUCCGGCAUAAAAAAUAGAAUACAAUAUAAAAAGAAAAGAUAUGGAAAAAUAACAACAAUUGUAGUAAAACUAAAAAUAUAAGCUAUGAAUAUUUACAAAAAGAAGAAGAUAAAAAAGUUGUGGUAAAGUGUCGUAAAGUGUAUGAAGUGUAUGAGUUUAGUAAUGCUAAUAAAAGAAAUAGUGCACGGGUUAUGGAAGUGAAAUAGAUCUAGGCAUUGUGUGGCAGAGGAUAUUGCACAUUGGAAGAAUUGCACGUUAUGGGGAAAGUAUUGCACAGAAGGAUGUGUUUACAGGUUGUCAUUGUACAGCCUGAUUGCGGUGGGGAUGAAGGAGCUGCGGUAGCGUUCCUUCUUACACGGGGGGGAGUCUGAGUCUCUGACUGAAGGAGCUGCUCAAGUUCUCCAAGGUCAGAUGCAGUGGGUGAGAGGGGUUGUUCCUGAUGGAUGCUAGCCUGGCUAGCACCCUCCUCUCGCCCACCUCCUCAACAGUGUCUAGAGGGCAGCCCACCACAGAGCUGGCCCUCUUAACCAGUUUGUUGAGCCUCUUCCUAUCCCUCUCUGUGCUGCUCGGAGCCCAACAGACCACAGUGUAGAGGAUAGCAGAGGCUACCACUGAGUCAUAGAAGGUUUUUAGCAGAGGCCUGCUCACUCCAAAGGAGCUGAGUCUCCUCAGGAGAUGGAGGCGGCUCUGUCCCUUCUUGUAGACGGCGUUCAUGUGAUCCGUCCAGUUCAGUUUAUUGUUGAGGUGAACACCCAGGUACCUGAAACUGUCCACGACCUCAAUGUCCUGACCCUGGAUGUUCACCGGUGAGUGGGGAGGUGCUCCUCUCCUAAAGUCAAUCACCAGCUCCUUCGUCUUACUGGUGUUCAAGCACAGGUGAUUGUGCUCACACCAGUCCACAAAGGCGCUGAUGGCCGACAGGUACUCCAGCUCGCCCCCCUUAGACAUACAGCCAACUAUAGUUGAGUCAUCGGAGAACUUCUGGAGAUGACAGAUGUCAGUGUUAUGCGUGAAGUCCGAGGUGUACAGAGUGAAAAGAAAUGGGGACAGGACUGUGCCCUGAGGUGCUCCAGUGCUGCAGACUACCACCUCUGAUCGGCAGCCAUGCAGUUGCACGUACUGGGGCCGGUUAGUGAGGUAGUCAAUGGUCCAGUCAGUGAGGUGAUGGUCCACUCCAGUGUCUAGCAGCUUCCUCCAAACAUUUGACAUUCUUUGCAUCUGGAUGCAACAGGAAGUGGCUUCUCGUGAAGAAAUCUCGUGGUAGGGGGGAUUUCUGAAAAGUAUUUACUGUUACAUCACGUUGCUAACUUGCUUGCAGUGAUUUGCUCUAGAAACUUUUGCACAAAUGGAAGAAGAAUGAAGUUUAAUGGGGUUUUGGGCGACAUGCUCCGCCCACCUUUCUUCUCGGAUGAACACGUUGUAUACUGCAAACUCGGUUAAAAUAUGAAUACUGCAUAAUAUUAAUAUAAGCCCCAAUGGAGUCGUGCGGUUUCCUGCAAGUCUCUGCUUGCCAUGAUAAAAGUCCCAUUUCCUGUAAAGCCCCGCCCCCCUCCAGGCUUGUGCUGUAACUUGAGUUGCAGCAGUUGUAAGAAUUACUUUCACUUUCAAUUUUGGAGUGUGCCAACAAUUGCACUGAUGCCUUAUUGGGGAAAGCUGAGGAACAACAGAGAAACCUUUGACGAAAUAAAGUGGCUUUUUAAACCAAA